CACGCAUGUGGUCAUUAAACAAACACCUUUAGUUUUCAAGCUUCAACACAGAAUCCAACUCCGUGGAUGCCUUGGGGAUCUUUAAGAAAGAUUAAAUAUAUCGAUGAUCGCAGAAAACGACUAGUAACAGAAAGGUAAUAUCACUUUAAAUAAUUUGGAAAUGGGAAUACAUGAUCCUACAAUCCUACAACAAAGGCAAUUACAAUAUGCUCAACACCUCAGAUUAUCCAAGUGUCACUCCCCAACAUUUUUCAUUUGGGUCUUCUGCUUCCUAUAAAUAGCCCUCCUCACAAACAAUGGGAUUGUGCAUCCAGAUCUGGUUUUACGUUUACGUUUGGAGGUCUUGUGAAGGUUUUCUUCUCGAAAAUGGAUGCUUCCGGCAGGUCAAGUGGAGCCAAGUAUGAGUGCUUGCUGUUUGAUAUGGAUGAUACCUUGUAUCCCUUGAGUAGUGGUCUCAACUUAAAAUGCCGGAAGAACAUUGAAGAGUAUAUGUUGCAACACUUGAAAAUUGAAGAAUCUGAAGUGCCUAGAAUGUGUUGGGAACUGUACCAGGAGUAUGGAACAACAAUGGCUGGUCUCAAGGCCCUCGGCUAUGAAUUUGACAAUGAUGAAUUUCAUGCUUGUGUUCAUGGAAGAUUGCCAUAUGAGACCCUAAAGCCUGAUCCAGUUUUGAGGAACCUUCUACAUUCCAUUCCACAACGUAAAAUUAUCUUUACCAAUGCAGACAAAGCUCAUGCAACUCAGGUUCUUAAAAGGUUGGGUGUGGAAGAUUGUUUUGAUGGCAUUAUAUGCUUCGAAACUCUUAAUCCACCUUUAGAACCUGAUAAUUGCUCGGGUGAUACAGAUGAACAUGCAUUCUCCACAGAAAGUGAAUCCGAUACUGAAGUUGUUGGUCAUAUCAAUAGCAAUGGUUCAGGUUCUAAGUCACGCAUUCUCUGUAAACCUUCUCUGGAAGCCAUGGAAGCUGCCAUUCGGAUUGCAAAAAUUGAUCCAAAGAAAACUAUUUUCUUUGAUGAUAGUGCCCGAAAUAUUGCGAAUGGAAAGGCGGCAGGACUGCAUACAGUUAUUGUUGGUAGAUCAGUAUUGGUUCCAGGAGCAGACCUUGCUUUGAACAGCAUCCACAACAUCAGAGAAGCAUUGCCUGAGAUAUGGGAAGGUGAAGGAGACCAGCUGGAGCAAGUCCUUCAAUCUACUGCUGUUGAAACUGUUGUCCUUGCUUAAAUUACUCACUUAAUCCUAGUCUCUAUAUGUGUACUAAUACCUCAUAUGCAAAUAUAUCCUAAUUUCACAAGGAAUGGAGAAUAUUCCUAGUCUGAAGUGAAA